GCUCUGUAAUUACUCUUUCUCAUUGCGUUGGCUGAGCACCAUAAUAUUCCAAUGGGAAUUUUGGCAUACAAUUUCAAUGUGGUAUCCCCAAAUUUUGUUGUUCCCAAAAGUUCAAUUUUCUCAGAAUUUCCUCUUCCGCAGGUGCGCAUUAAUCCUUCACGCAGGCGAAGCAUCCCACUUAGAGUUGCUUUCAGCAUGACUGAAAAACCAGCAGUUGUACAGAAGAAAAUUACAGUACUGAACCAACAGAAUGAGAAACUAGUUGGAGUGUUGCAUGAUACUGGAUCUACGGAGAUCGUGGUCUUGUGUCAUGGAUUCAGAUCCUCCAAGGACUUCGACACUAUGGUGAAUCUUGCUGUUGCUCUGGAGAAAGAAGGAAUCAGUGCAUUUCGCUUUGAUUUUCCUGGAAAUGGUGAAAGUGAAGGUUCAUUUCAGUAUGGUAACUACCGUAGAGAAGCGGAUGACUUGCAUUCUGUGGUUGAAUAUUUCAAUGGAGCAAACCGGAGGUGAUGUUGUGCUUCUAUAUGCUUCUAAGUACCAUAAUGUUCACACAAUCAUCAAUUUGUCUGGCCGUUAUAAUCUAGAGAAAGGCAUUGCAGAGCGAUUGGGCAAGGACUUUCUAAAAAUAAUCAAGAAGGAUGGCUUCAUUGAUGUUAAAAAUAGAGCAGGAGAGAUUGAUUACCGUGUUACCAAUGAAAGUUUAAUGGAUCGACUUGAUACAAACAUGCAUGAUGCAUGCCUUCAAAUUGACAAAGGAUGCAGGGUAUUGACAGUUCAUGGGUCUGCUGAUGAAAUUAUUCCAGUGGAGGAUGCGUUGGAGUUCGAUAAAAUCAUACCAAACCACAAGUUACAUAUCAUCGAAGGAGCCAAUCAUAGUUAUACGUUACACCAAGCUGAGUUAACGCCUGUUAUCUUGCCAUUCAUAAAGGAAGGUCUGCAGCAGAACUCGGACACUAGAUAGGUUUUAGCUGAACUUGGUGUAAUUCUGGACUUGUUUCGCAUCAUAUUGGUCAUCACUACAUGGGGAUUCUUCAUACUAGAUUUUGAACUUCAGCAGAUUCUGUAUAAGACAAACACAUAACGAUAUUAACUAGAGAACCUCUGUUGCACUUCAAUGGCAUUUGGAUUUUAUCUGUUA